CCGUAAUUAACUGAUGGGCCCUCAACUGGUAGAUUUUGUUUGAGUUUUAUAAACCCGCGUUUUGUUUGUUCUUAACUUAUAUAGUAUACUUUUACUUGAAAUAAUCAUGGUUCAAUGUGUAAACGAUAAAGACACUGAAGAGUCCAAAAAUAUGUCAGAUGAAGACAGUGACGAAGAUGAUGCUGAUUAUCAGGAUGAAGGGAUGGACGACAAUGAAACUGAUGGCAGUGAGGACAGUGAUGUUAGUGAUGGUGAUGACGAUGAUUCAAGUAGCGACGAUGAUGAAGACGAUGUCUCUGAUGAAAAAAAGUUGGAGGAAGCUAAGGCAAUCCAAGAUCACCUUCUUGACAACCCAUUCGAUUAUGAUCAACAUCUAAAGCUCAUUGAAAUUGCUGGAGAGAUCGGUGACUUACACAUGAUUAAUAAAGCUCGAGAAAACAUGUCGUCUAUAUUUCCAUUAACACCUACUCUUUGGCUUGAUUGGAUUUCGACAGAAAAAAAGCUGGCAACAGAUGAGGAAGAUUAUCAGCGCAUUAUUGAGCUUUUUGAACGAGCCUUAAAAGAUUAUGUUUCUGUCAAAUUAUGGCUGGAGUAUAUCUAUUUUGUUGUAAUGAUUCCCGGUGAAACGAGCCAUGUUUUUUCAGUUCGCAAAAUCUGCGAAAGAGCUAUAAAUUCAGUUGGACUGCAUGUAACCGAAGGGUCAUCCGUGUGGAUUGCUUACAGAACCUUUGAGUCUGGAAUAAUCGAACUAAUCGAUCAAAAAGAAUUGGUUAAUCAAUAUAAAAAGAUUUUUGACCUGUACAAAAGACAAUUAGCCAUCCCGUUGAUAGGUAUGGAGGAGACCAAACAAGAGUUUCACGUUUGGUACGAAAAAGCAAAGACUCAAUGCCCAGGCUUGGAUGUUGAUCCAGAAUCCAUCAACUAUGGUUACGAACAAGCUUCGUUAUUGUUGAAAAAACUUGAUGAAUUUGAGCAAGAAAUAAUUGCAUCAGAACCACCGCAUUAUGAAGCUUAUUUAAAAUACAUCGAGUAUGAAGAAGCGAAUGGAUCUCCACCACGUGUACAAUGUAUCUAUGAGCGAGCUUUGAUCGAAAAUUGCUUACAACCAAAGUUAUGGAUUGAUUAUGCUCAAUAUUUGGAUAAAAAAGUUCAGGAUUUAGAUUUGAUAAAACCAAUUUACGAAAGAGCUGUGCGUAACUGUCCUUGGACUGUAAAUAUUUGGAUAAACUAUCUUCGUUCUUUGGAAAGAAACAAAGCUGACCACGAAACAAUUAAAAGUGUAUUUGAAAAAUCCUUAGAAACAACUUUUCAAAGUAGUAGUGACUAUCUUGACUUGUGGUUAACGUAUCUUGAUUAUCUGAGGAGACGGACUGAUUGGAAUGACAAAAAUCAAAUAGAACAGUUGAGAAAGAACUUUGCUGCCGCAGUUGAAAGUCUCGCCAAAAUUGGUGGUGAUGAUUCCUGUUCUAUCCCUCUCUACAUGGCAAAGAUUGAAGCCAAGUAUAUUAAAAACAUGGGAGAAGCGAGAAGGAUUUGGAAUGAACUUUUUCAAUCAAGAAAAGAUCUCACUGCAAUCGAUUCAACAUGGAUCGAAUAUGCCAAUUUUGAAAAGCUUUAUGGAGAUGAUGCUCAUUUCAAAAAAGCUCUCAUUAGAGGACUUAACUCUAAUGUGAAUUACCCAGAAACUCUCGGGGCUCUUCUGAUAAAGCAUAUUCGGGAAGAGAGCGUGUCAAUUGCUGAGUUUGAUGAAAUUAUGGAACAAUAUGAAAAGGCUAUGACCAAAGUAACAAAGAAGCGAGAGGAAUUAACCAAAAAGAUGGAAGAAGAAAAAUCAGCAAAGGCAAAACUAAAGACCGGUAAAUUUGAUAAAAGCAAAGGAUCAGCUUCACAAAAUGUGAUUGAGGGUGAAUUCAAAAUUCCUGAACCACCUGGUAAAUCAAGUAAUGAAGAAUAUAAAAACAAAUUUAAAAAGUCGGCUAAUGCAGUCAAAGAUGAAAAAGUAUUGGCUGAAAUGCAGCGACAAGCGAGUUAUAAAGAGAAAGGAGAUGACGAACGAAAAUUGAACACUAUUGUUGUCAAGAAUUUAGCUUAUUCAGUUUAUGAAGAUAAGCUUAGAGAAAAUUUUUCCAAAUUUGGUGAAAUAGUUGACAUUCGAUUGGUCCGUAAUUACAAAGGGCAAUCUGCUGGUUAUGGUUUUAUUGAAUUUGCACAAAUCAAAUCAGUUAAAGAAGCUUUAAAACAUGAUCGUCUUAAAAUUGAUGGCCGAGAAUGCUACAUCGAUGAAAUGGGUAAAAAGUAUAAUUUCAAAUUUAGCUUAUCAAGAGAAAACAAUAAAUUGUUCGUCAGCAAUUUAGACAAGCGUGUUACAAAUGAACAACUCACUAGCAUAUUUGAGAAAUAUGGUAACCUUAAGGACGUUCGAAUUGCAACCCUUCGUAAUGGUAAAUCAAAGGGUUAUGCUUACAUUGAGUACAAGAGUGAAGUAGAAGCCAAUGAUGCUCUUAAAGCAAAUGGAAUGUUGGUUCUCGAUAAGACAAUCAAAGUUCAAAUUAGUGAUCCAUCAGCCAAGAAGUCAGAUUCAUUUCUUGGCUCUGGAUUGAUGCAACAUUCAGCAUCAAAUAUCUCAGCCAAGCGACGAAUCAAUGUUCCGCUGAUUCCCCUUUCUGUCCGAAAAAAGCUCAAGGUAGAAGAAUCUGACUCAUCUGCGACUGCAUCGACAUCCACUUCUUCAUCACUGUCUCAAAGUAACAGUAAUGCCCAAAAGGACACAAUGGAUACUUCAUUGCCCUCCACUUCAAAAGUUUAAACUGUAAAUUUUUCUUGUUCCUCAUUAUUUCUUUUUAAAGAAACAAUUAUGAAAACUUAAAAAUAAGUCUAUACUAAUAAUUUAUAAAUUAUUAAAAUUAUAUUUUAUUUCUAUUUGUAUCUGUGUUGAACGAUUUCUCUCAGAUCUUUUCAGAUAUUUCCUUAGACAAACCUAGAACUAUAAUCGCGAAUUGACAACUGCGACCAAUUUUAACGACAAAAGGCUUGAGGAAUCAUAGAUUUUGAACAAAAAAUUAAACAUUUCAGGAUAAAGCAACUUUAGAAUUGAAAUCUGUGCCACAGAUUCUGUUGCUAUGAGAAGAUAGAACUAUAGCCACCAGAUGCCAGUUUGCGCAUUCAGUUUGUUUUCGUUUUCAAUGUUAUUGAAUCAAUAAAUUUCUUUGCUUAACAAAUUGUAAUCAUGUCUCAACCAUCGGUCAGAAUUUUAAAAUCUUUCAAUAAAUUCUCCGUCAUUAAACGAGGCUUUCACAGAUCAUUACCCCUUUUUGAACAACCAAAUAUCCGAUGGAUUGCUGGCUCUAAUAAAGCGCCUAGCUAUAGAAAGUUUGAUAUGACCAAGAAGGAAGAAGAGCUGGAACCUGAAUAUAUUAAAAAUGAUACCUAUAGAUACAGACUUCUCUUGGCUGUGCUUUUCUUCUUCAUGGCUAAAUCAUACUGGAGGUUUUCUGAUUUCAAAUUUAUCAGAACUGAGGUGGAAUUGACUGAAUUCCUUCAAGCAGAACAAGCUCGUUUGAAUCAACAUUGAGUAAAUAUCUUUAGUCGUUUCAUUGCAAAAGGACAAAUAAAAGGAUGUUUAUAAAAUCUAUUUGCUCUUCAAUGUUAAAAAAUAGGAUUAAUCCACUUUAAAUUGAAUGUACAAAAACGUUAAAUUACUAUCAAAUAAAUGAAUUUUAGCUGCUAUGAA